AUGGGCAAGACCAAGAGCGGAGGCGCCGGCAAGGCCGCUGCAAAGGCAGCAAAGAAAGAGAAACAAGCUGAGAAGGCCGCCAAGAAGGAGCAGCAGGCUCUGAAGGCCGCGACCAAGGGCAAGGCCAAAGGAGCUGCGGCAGACGAUGAUGAGGAGGACCUCGACGCUAUCCUCGAAAGAUACAAGCAGGAGAUGGAAGCGGACGAAUGGAGAGAGUACAAGUGCGGCACUGCUCCCAGCCCCCGCAGCAGUGCGGCGGCUGUGGCUGGCCCUGGUCUCGCCGAAGGUGGAGGUAUCAUGAUCUUUGCCAACUACAUGUCCGAUCUUUGGGUGUUCGACCUGGACACGUACAAGUGGCAUCAGAUCGAGCACAUCGACAAAGACCGCGCGCCUGGUGGCUUCUCAUUCAUCCCCUGUCCCGAGGGUGCCUUCCUGUACGGCGGGUACCGCAAGGAGUACGUCAAGGGGACGCGACCAAAGGGUGUGCCGCUCGAUGACGCGUGGCUGCUGAGGAUGGAUCCAGAUCUCUCUAAGCUGAAGUGGGAGCGACGGAAGAAGGUUGGAUACGCUCCCAGCCUUCGCUCCGGCUGCUCAAUGACGCACUGGGCAAGCAAGGGUAUGGGCGUGCUCUUCGGCGGUGUCAUCGAUGAGGAGAAGGACGAGGAGAGUAUGGAAAGCAUCUUCUUCAACGACCUCCUCAUGCUGAAGAAGAAGAAGAAGCCUGGAGCGCGCCGACGAGCGAAGAAGGUCGAACAGGAGCAGGAACAGGAGGAGAAGGACGACGAGGAUAUGGACGUUGAUGGCGAGGACGAGAAGGAGAAGGAGAAAUCGCCAUUGCCAUCUCCAGCUCCAGCUCCCAUGGCGGUUGACAAGGACGACGAUGACGAUGACCCGCAAAAAUCCAUUCCCUUGACGCGAUACAACGCGAUGCUUGCCAUUCUGAAGAACACGCUGUAUUUAUGGAAUCACCUGCGUGGCACGGGUCUUGACGAGCUCGAGUGGAAGGGUAGUGACGAUGAGGAGGGCUUCUCGGGCUCCGAUGACGAUGAGGAAGAGAGCUCAGAUGACGAGGAGGAGGAGGAGGAGGCACUCGCCGCACUCGAGGACGCAGAGGACGAUGAAGAAGCAAAGGAGGCGCGUCACGCCGCUCUCUCCCAGGCUGAGAAGGACGAUCUCCGCAAAAAAGCCAAGGCAUUCAGUGCCGCAGCCAAGGAGAAGAGGACCGAGGAGGAAAUGCACACGACGCCACUGCCGGGCGAGAACCUGCGCAUGUUCUACGAGCGCACCCGUCCUUACUGGGCCGGCAUUGCUUACGAGCGCACUGCGAGCCGAGGCAAGGCGAUGCGCCGCGAGGGAUUCCAACUCGCAUCCAGCAAGUACGAAGAGUACAAGCCUCUGCUUGAGGAGAUUGAGCGUAUUCAGCGUGAGGCUGAACUCGAUGCCGCCGCAGUCGCUGCGAGCAAGCGUACAACGAUGGGCGUUAUUGGCGAGGGCGGUAGGAACAGACGCUAA